CCCACUUCCCACCUCCGAAACCACCCAACCAUCUUCCUCCCCUUUGGAGCCCGAUCGACGAGCUCCGGUAACGGCGCAAGCGCUGGUCGUCGUCGUCUCCGGCCGGCGACGAUGGCGGCUGCACGGGCGCACGUGGAGAGGCUCCGGCGGUAGCGGUACUACAUCGGGCGCGGCGAGCAGAACCCGCUGGCGGAGGACAUGCACCAGGCGGUGAACUACCUGAGCCAGGAGCUCUACUCCAAGGACGUCCACUUCCUCAUGGAGCUCGUCCAGAACGCUGAAGACAAUGAGUACCCUGAUGGAGUAGCACCGUCAUUGGAGUUUCUAGUAACAUCAACUGACAUCACUGGAUCUGGUGCAUCGUCAACUUUACUCAUUUUCAACAACGAGAAGGGCUUUUCUCCAUCGAAUAUUCAGUCUAUUUGUGGCGUGGGCAAAUCAACGAAAAAAGGAAACAGGGACAAGGGUUACAUUGGAGAGAAAGGUAUUGGAUUCAAAAGUGUGUUCCUGAUAUCAAGCCAGCCCCAUAUAUUCAGUAAUGGGUAUCAAAUCAAGUUUAAUGAGAAGCCGUGUCCAGAAUGCAAUAUUGGAUACAUUGUCCCAGAGUGGGUUGAAUCCAGGCCUAGCCUUUCAGAUAUCAAACAGAUAUAUGGGUCAACCAGAGUCCUUCCAACAACCUGUAUCGUCCUGCCUUUGAAGGAUGAGAAGGUCACUGCGGUGAAGCAGCAGCUUUCGAGCUUGCAUCCAGAAAUGCUACUGUUUCUGUCAAAGAUCAGGCGACUUUCUGUCUGUGAAGAUAACGGCAACGCUAGAGGCAGCACUGUUAGUGAGAUUGCAAUAUCGAGUGAGAAGAACAUUGAAGUGAGGAAGAACACGCACGCGGAGUCUUACACGGUCUUUUUAUCUGCUCAAGAGAACGAGAGUGAAGCAGAGUGCGGGUACCAUAUGUGGAGGCAGAGGUUCCCUGUCAAGGCAGAGAACAGGGUGGACAAGCGUACUGAAAUCGAUGAGUGGGUCAUCACCCUAGCCUUCCCUCUUAAGGAGCGACUAUCCCGUGGGAAGCAGCUAUCCCCUGGCGUGUAUGCUUUCCUUCCCACGGAGAUGGUGACCAACUUCCCCUUCAUCAUUCAGGCUGACUUCCUCCUUGCAUCUUCAAGAGAGGCGAUACUGUUCGAUAGUCCAUGGAACAAGGGAAUUCUGGAGUGUAUCCCAAGUGCAUUCAUGAAUGCCUUUGUAGCACUUGUCAAGUCCAGAACAGAUGCACCAGCAAUGACUAUUCCGUCGAUGUUCCAUUACCUGCCAGUCAGUCCUUCGCUGAUUCCUUUACUUGAGCCUGUUAGGUCUGGCAUCAAAGAGAAGGUUCUCGUCGAGGAUAUAGUCCCAUGUGAGUCUCACACUCCGCAGAAGAUGUUUUGCAAGCCUUGCGAGGUUGUGCGGCUCAAACCAGCAUUUUGGGAUAUCCUUGUCAAGGCGAGAGAAUCUGGAGUGGACCUUAAGAACCUGUCAACUCAUGGAACCUACAUUCUCAGCUCUCAUUUCGACAAGAGUGCAUACAACAGUGUUCUUACAUUUCUGGAUGUCAAAAGCGUGAGCCAUGAAUGGUAUGCAAAAUGCAUGGAGGGGUCUAAUCUUGUCAGCAAUGUAGAUGAACAGCUUUAUCUGGAACUCUUAUCCUUUGUCGCAGACAAUUGGCAAAACUUCUCCAGUACAAACUUGAUCGCAAUGCCUCUGCUGAAGUAUGUUGACAGGAACAGAGGUGUCUCUCUCUGGAGCAUAUCUAGAGCUAGUCAGUGGAGUGAUAGACUGUGUAUUGCAUCUGAUGGGAAGUGGAUGUCAUGGCUUAUCAGCUGGAACCAGGAGUUUCCAUCUUCUAACCGGCUCUUUGUGCCUCCCAAUACACAGGCUGCUCUACAAGGUUUUUCGCACAAGACAAAAGUGGCAGCUUGGCUUCAGAACCAUGCAAAAGUGGAGAUUGUGUCUGUAUACAGUUAUGGAAAUAUUGUGGUCAAGUCCUUGAACAAUGAUCGAAGGCCCGCCAUCGCCUUUUCUCACUUUCUGUAUCAUUCAUCCAAUAAGAAUUACAUGGAGAGCUAUCAAUUAGUAGACCUGUGUCGUACCAUGCCGGUAAUUGACAACUAUGGCAAUGCUGUCAUGGAAAGGCAAAGCAUUCUAGUUCCUGCAAAUGGUAGCAAAUGGGUUGGACUGAUGGGCACAAACCCAUGGAGGAAUGAGAAAUACAUUGAACUGUCAGCAGAUUACAAGUCAGCAGGUCAUUUCGCCGAGAACUACACACCUGCAGAUCAGAUCUUGGAUUUUCUCAAGACAAAGAUGCAGGCCUCGGAUGUGCCAUUCAUACACCCUCCAAAUGCAACUUUCCCGACAGCCUCAUCACCUCUGACUGUGGACAAUGCAAUCUUGCUACUGCAAUGGAUAAGAAAUUUAAAGUCAAAAGGUGUACAACUACCAGCUAGUUUCUUGGCUUGUGUGAAAGAAGGAAGUUGGCUGAAGACAUCAGUCGGAUACAAGCCCCCGGCUGAAUCAUUUAUGUCCAGUUCUGAGUGGGGUAAUCUCUUGCAAAAUGGAUCUUCCUGUGUUGAUAUAGCAAUGAUCGAUCAACAGUUCUAUCAAUACAAAAUGAAUGCAUAUAGGGAGGAACUCAAGGUGAUCGGGGUAAGAUUUGAAUUUGGGGAGGCAUCAGCUUACAUCAGCAGACGGCUCAUGUCGAUGGCUGCAAGCAAUAUGCUGACCAGACAGCAUGUAUAUGAGCUGCUUCGGCUGAUUCGGUUUCUUCAAUAGAAGGUUCUGUCACCAAGUGAACUAGUCAACAGCGUGAAAGAUGGACGAUGGAUGAAGAGUAUUCUGGGCUACAUGUCUCCUUCUUGCUGUAUCAUAUAUGAUUCAGACUGGGCAGUUGCAUCUUGUAUCAGUACCCAGCCAUUCCUUGAUGUUGGAUUCUAUGGCGAGUCCAUCCUUGACUACAAACAAGAGCUGAAGUUUCUUGGUGUUCAAGUUGGGUUUGAAAACAGUG